UUAGGGCUCUGGGCACGUCGGGGACAGAAGGUGCAACCCAGGCUGCAGCCCUAAGCCCUGUCAUCCUCUUAGUAAAGCUAAUAGGAUUUUCCAGCAUGAUCCGUCUCUGGCUCACUGCUGGGUCUCCAGCAAGGAGCUUUGGCAGCUUUACCGAGCGGCUGGCGGUCCCCCAGCUGGCUAGCAGACCCGCGGUCCCUGAAGCAGGACAACCGGGGACCCUCCAAGUCAGGCCGACGUGGAAGAAAAUGAGUUCCCUGGAGGAUCAGGCCUUCGGUCUCCUGAACACCUACUCCAAUGGCUUCAUGGUGUCCCAGGUUCUCUUCGCCGCCUGCGAGCUGGGGGUGUUCGACCUGCUGGCCGAGGCCCGGGAGCCCCUGGACUCGGCUGCGGUGGCUGCCCAUCUGGGCGCCAGCUGCCAUGGGACGGAGCUCCUGCUGGACGCCUGUGUGACCCUGAAGCUGCUUCGAGUGGACACGAGGAGAGGAAAAGCUUUCUAUGGGAACACGGAGCUCUCCAGCACCUACCUGACCACGGCCAGCCCCACGACCCAGCGCAACAUGCUGCUCUACCUGGCCAGGACCACCUACCACUGCUGGGCCCACCUGGCCGAGGCUGUGAGAGAAGGGAGGAGCCAGUAUCUGAAGGCGUUCGGGGUCCCCUCCGAAGAGCUCUUUACCGCCAUCUACAGGUCGGAGGACGAGCGGCUCCAGUUCAUGCGAGGUCUGCAGGACGUCUGGGGCGUCAAUGGGAGGAGUGUGUUGUCUGCCUUCGACCUGUCAUCCUUCCCUGUCAUCUGCGACCUUGGUGGCUGUUCUGGGGCUCUGGCCAAGGAGUGUGUUUCUCUGUACCCUGGAUGUCGGGUCACCGUUUUCGACAUCCCAGAAGUGGUCCAGACGGCAAAGACGCACUUCCCGCUCCCGGAGGGAGCACGGAUCCGAUUCUGUGAAGGUGGGUUGCCGUGUGCUGUGGGCGUCCACGGGGAGACUCAGAGUCGUCCCCGGGGGUCAGGAGAUGCCGGACAUUUAUGA